CCAUUUGGGAUGGGGAAUAGAUAAUGCAAAUAGCAACGGCAACACCAAGCAUUUCCAUUUGAGAUAUGGCGACUUCAGCAGCACCAUUGUCAUCCCCCUUUCUCUUUCGAUCCUCCAUCCUUCACAACCCGACCCGCCACACCCUCUCACUUCUCCACUCUCACAAACGGGCCGGCUUCAAUAUACAGGCCGCCAAGCUCCCCGACGGGGUGAUGUUGCCGAAAGAGCAGCCAAAAUUUCAAGCCCCAUUUUUGGGGUUCACCACAACAGCUGAGGUUUGGAAUUCUAGAGCUUGUAUGAUUGGCCUAAUUGGGACUUUCAUCCUUGAAUUGAUUCUGAAUAAGGGACUACUACAGAUUAUUGGGGUGGAGGUUGGAAAAGGGCUUGAUCUUCCUCUUUGAACAUUUUCAGCCAUCAACACCACCAAUGAGAUUCACUCUCUAUUUGCUUUGGCUGUUGUAAAAAUUUACUUAUCAUUUCAUUUUGUUGUAAUGACAAAUAUUUAUAUGAUGUUUAUUACUUAA